ACCAGUCUGAUGGCUCCGACCAUGUGGGAUCCAGGACCCCUCCUGCUGCUGCUCUCGGUGGUCCUGGCUCGGACCCAGACCCGGUCAGACUCCCACUCCCUGCGGUAUUUCCGCACCGCCAUGUCCCGGCCCGGCGGGGAGCCCCGCUUCAUCACCGUCGGCUACGUGGACGACACGCAGUUCGUGCGCUUCGACAGCGACUCGGCGAGUCCGAGGAUGGAGCCGCGGGCGCCGUGGGUGGAGCAGGAGGGACCCGAGUACUGGGAGGAGGAGACCCGGGUCGCCAAGGCCAACACACGGAAUUACCGAGUGGGCCUGGGCAACCUGCGCGGCUACUACAACCAGAGCGAGGCGGACUCUCACACAUACCAGAGCAUGUACGGCUGCGACGUGGGGUCCGACGGGCGCCUCCUGCGCGGGUACAGUCAAUACUCCUACGACGGCGCCGACUACCUCGCCCUGAACGAGGACCUGCGCUCCUGGACAGCGGCGGCGGGCACGCAGGCUUGGAUCACCCAGCGCAAGUGGGAGCAGUGGGGUGCGGCUGAGCAUCGCAGGAACUACCUGGAGGGCAGUUGCGUGGAGUGGCUCCUCAGAUACCUGGAGGACUGGAAGGACACGCUGCUGCACCAAGAAGCCCCCAAAAUACACAUCACCCGCCACCCCUUCUCUGACCGGGAGGUCACCCUGAGGUGCUGGGCCCUGGGCUUCUACCCCGCCGAGAUCACCCUGACCUGGCAGCGUGAUGGGGAGGACCUGACCCAGGACACAGAGCUGGUGGAGACCAGGCCUUCAGGGGAUGGAACCUUCCAGAAGUGGGCGGCUGUGCUGGUGCCUUCUGGAGAGGAGCAGAGAUACACGUGCCGUGUGCAGCACCAGGGGCUGCCGGAGCCUGUCACCCUGAGAUGGGAGCCCCCUUCUCAGCCCACCAUCCUCACUGUGGGCCUAGUUCUCCUCGGGGCUGUGGCUUUUGGAGCUGUGGUGAGAGCUGUGAUCUGCAGGAAGAAGCGCUCAGGUGAGGAAGGAGGAUAG